GCUUUGCCAUGAUGAUGCCACCGCUGCUGGAGGUCUGGGGCAGGCUGGGACUCAACGAGCGCACCUUCUCCUGUACCAUUCUCAAGAAGGACGGCAAGUCGCCCAAGAAGAUGCUGUUCGCCAUCGGUAUUCUCAUCCCGUGUGUCAUCAUCAUCACCUGCUACACACUCAUCUUCAUCAAGGUCCGACGCAGCCGGCGUGCUAUCCGAGGACACAGUAUGCACGGAACCAGAGGUUCGGCCAACAUCACCGUACAGCAUGGACAACAGAAAGAUGCCGCGGCCAGAAAGGAGGACCUGCGCAUCACCAAGAUGAUGGCCACCAUCUUCUUCGCCUUCCUGGCCUGCUUCUUCCCGCUGAUGCUGGUCAACGUGUUUGACGACGAUGAUGUUCGCUACCCGACUCUACACGUCAUCGCCUCAGUGCUGGCCUGGAUGUCAUCUGUCAUCAACCCCUUCAUCUACGCCUUCUCCAACCGUAACUACCGCAAGGCCUACCGACAGCUGCUCUGCGGCAAACGACGUCCUUCUAGCACUCACAGCGCCGCCUCGCGCUCGGCCAGUUCGAGAACCUUCUUCACAGACGUGUUCCAGUUCAAUGCCAAGGCUGAGAGCCUCGUGCAGAAGAACGGCAGGCGUCAAGACAAGUAAGCAGCAGAUAUGGAGGACGAAGUGGAAGUGAAGAGGAGGGAGAUGAAGGGAUGAGGAAGAGUGGAGAGAGGGAGGGAGGAGGGGAGAGGUGAGGAGCGAGCACCAGCCGCCGACGCCCGGUAGGUACAAAGUGCGCGUGGCCGCUCUGCCGUCUCUGCCGGCGUCAGACUGUGGCGGAAAAUCAGUGGCGAUGCGGCGUGAGAGAGUGAGAAAACUAUGAGCGAGUGAGAGGACUGUGAGCAAGUGAGAGAGUGUGCUGUGCGCGGAUUUUGGAGGUGGCAACGCUGGAGUGGAGGGCGAAACGGGUGGACGUGGAAGCUCAGCAGGCUGUCGCGCGGAUUAUCGGUGAAUUGGUGAGGAAAUGUGAGUACAUAUGGUGAGAAUGUGCUUGUAAAAUGUGCAUAUGUUUGUGGUGUGUGAUGACUGUACAGUUUUCGGUAUAAAGUGUGACACAUUCGGUCGAUCCAUGCUGACGCUGCCAAUAGUUGUACACCGUGGCGACUUAUAGGUUUGUAUGCGUUGGAAUAUGGAGAUCUCGCCACUUUGGAGUUUCACGUCUUCCCACUCACGAGUUUGCAUGAGCAUGCUGUGUAUGGCGCGGAAGAGAUAAAGCUGCUAGAUGUUGCCCUUAAUUAUGUUUUUAAGCAUUAAGUGUUAGUUGCACUGUCAACUUUGUAUGCCAUGGCACAUGGAGACCACCCGCACAUGUUGGCGAGCGCUAUUCUCCCACGCAUCUCAUGUUUGUGGUAAUAUGGCGACAAGAGUGAGGUUUAGCAUGCCAUUAGCUGAGCCUAUUUUAGUGAUAGUUUACGGUUAUAGUUGUCUCUGCUAUAGGUUUAGGGGGAGCAUGUCUAAUGCUUUAUUUAUUUUUAUUUUUGGCCUUUUCCGUUACCGGUAGGUUUGUAACUACUGAAAGUAUUUUAAAUUUGCGGACAUAAGAGGUGCAUAUUUUUGCCAAUUUUUUAUACAGUUCGAGCUUUUAUGCGCCUAUCGGCUUUCGUCCUUUUCUGAUUUAUUAAGAUUGAUUGUUUUUACAUUGAAAUGUCAUUGAUGACAAACGGGUGUUAACAGCGUUUCUUCGAUGGAUGUAACUCGUUGGAAGAUGGCGUUUUUCGGUCCCCGCUCACCGUCUGUUCCCAACUGUAUUAUUUGUUGUUGAAAAGAGUGUCUUGUUUUAAUGUGAAGCUGCACAACGUCUAACAACCAAUGUAUUUGUGACGAUUUUAGAGUUCCCGCAAUGCGUUCCUCGCCAUAUUUUGAAGCUGCUGUGCCCUGCUGCUGGUCGGUGCAUUGAUUUUCAUAGAGUGUCGCAGAUUGGACUAGUAUUGUAGGUAUGUUUGAUCUGGAGAUAACCGCGAGGUUCACUCUGUGUCGGCUGUCCGCAAGUGGCUUGCUUAAUAAACGGAAAACGUUUU